AUGGCUUCUGGCGUUGCGCAGAAGCGCUUAUUUCACGAAUACAAACUCCUCUCUACCUCCCCACCGGAUGGAAUUACGGCUGGUCCUGUUUCAGAAGAUGAUAUGUUUCUUUGGGAGGCCCUCAUCCAAGGGCCUGAAGGCACCCCUUUCGAAGGGGGAAUUUUCGCCGCCGAACUUAAAUUUCCUAAGGAUUAUCCGCUGAGUCCACCAUCCAUGAAGUUCUUGGGCGGGGGAGUAUGGCAUCCGAAUGUAUACCCAAAUGGUGCAGUUUGUAUUUCAAUUCUGCACCCACCUGGCGAUGAUCCAAACCACUACGAACAUGCGUCUGAGCGCUGGAGUCCAAUUCAAAGCGUGGAGAAGAUUCUUAUCAGUGUGAUGAGUAUGCUUGCCGAACCGAACGAUGAGAGCCCUGCGAACGUUGAAGCCGCAAAGAUGUGGAGAGAAAGAAGGAGUGAUUAUGAGAAAAAAGUCCGAGAAGAAGUUCGAAGGAGCCUUGGCUUAUAG